CCGGAACCGCGUGCUGCUUUUCGUGUGGCACGGUCGCCGCCAUGAAACCCCUACCCGCCCGCCGGUCGCCCCGGACCCGGGGAUGUGGGGCCGCAAUAUAGCCUGCUGGCAAUGGCCAGUCCCUGUUCCCGGGUGAAUGGCACCGCUGGCACGCCAAAUUACCCAGCGCCCAGCAUACGCACACAGCACCUCCGGAGUAUGUAAGCUUUUGCUCCCCUGAGCUUCCGUAUAUAGCCAUCGAUCCCUUCGCCGCGCCGCUGGGUGUCCCGGGUUUGCCUUGUGCUCCGCUCAUGUCGUGUUGUUGAUCCGCACUCAUCCAUCGUCUCAAAGGACACCCCCACCAUGCGUGCCUCCUGGAUCCUCGCCGGCGCGGUGGCUGCCUUGGCCAAGCCCUGCAAGGGCGGUUUUAGUACGUUGGUUGUCUUUGGCGACAGCUACACCGACGAUGGGAGACUGUCGUACUACAUCAACAACGGCGGGAAGGCGCCGCCGCCGGGAGUCUACCCCGCCGUGACCAACGUCACGGCCACCGGCGGUCUGUCCUGGGCCCAGUUCGCCGCCCAGGAUGCCGGCGCCAACCUCAUGGACUACGCCGUCAGCGGCGCUGUGUGCUCCAACGAGGUCGUCGCGCGCUGGUUCGCCGCCAUCAACCGGACCUUCCCGGCCAUUCUCGACGACGAGCUGCCCUCGUUCGAGGCCGACGUGGCGUUCAAGACCCUCUACCCGGACCGCACGGCCGACAACACCGUGUACGCCGUCUGGAUCGGCACGAACGACCUGGGCUUCGACGCCUUCCUGUCCGACUCGCAGGCGCCCGGCAAGACCAUCACCGACUUUGUGGACUGCGUCUUCACCGUCUUUGACCACAUCUACAAGACGGGCGGCCGGCGCUUCGUGCUGCUCAACGUCGGCCCGCUCGAGCUGACUCCACUGUAUGCCAACCCGGCGAACGGCGGGACGGAGGACAGCCAGUUCUGGACGACCAAGUCGCAGUACAACAUCACCGAGUACGGCCAGAAGAUCAGAGAGUACGCGACCAACGUCAACACCAUCUACGAGUACGGUGUGCCGGUCCAGGUGUCGCUGAAGAACCGCUGGCCCAAGGCGACGGUGGACAUCUUUGAUGUCCACAGUUUGCUGGUCGACAUCUACAACUCGCCGGCCCAGUACUUGGACGCUCCGCACAACGCCACGGGCUACUACCACCACUGCCCCCCCGCCGGCAGCCCGUGCGUCAACCAGCCGGGCUCCCUCGACGGGUACAUGUGGUAUGAUGAGCUGCAUCCCUCCAACAAGACCAGCUCCAUCAUCGGCAAGACGUUCAUCGACGUUGUGGCGGGCAAAUCCAAGUACGGAACUCGCUACAACUGAGAGUUCCAGGUUGCUGCCUCGUUCACGCGCCGUGGCCAAGCACAGAGCAGCUGGCCACCUACCUCCCUACCUAAGGUACCUCUAGGGAGUUAAUAUGCGUGACUACGAUGGUUAACCACCUAAUCGUAUUUGUAUGUACAUAAGUCUCUCACAAUUUAAUAAUCUAAACAGGCGAACAAACCUUACGGAUUCUUCCGGCGAAUGCAUCACGUACCGCGCGCGUACUGUGCACUCCGUAGGUUGGUUGCGAGCAAGUAACCUUUGCGACCCAGACUCGAGCCGAUCGCAGCAAGCACGCCUGUCUGAUGUAAGGGUCGUCGUUAAAG